AUGACUACCGCCGCUGCGACGCUCGGACAACGUCUGUUAGAUGAAAUCAAAGAAGAGAGUCUUGAUGAGUUACUGCACGAUCUAAGAAAUCAUUUUCCAUCCCACAAGGAUGAUGCAUUUUUCGGGAUCAAGGAUCUCGAUGAAUUGUUGAAUGUCUUCCUGGGCCCGAAAAGGAGAAAACCAGUCAUCGAAAUAUCAAGCCCCAGCUCCGGAGGCGGGAAAUCUCAACUCGUCUAUUAUCUAAUCGCCAUGAGCGUUUUACCGGCCUCAUUCAACGGCCAUAAACUCGAUGGUCGAGGAGGUGCCGUCGUCCUUGUCGAUACGGAUGGGAGACUUGACGUCCAGAGACUCUACGAUAUUAUUGAGAGUGUCAUUCAGCACGCCCUAGACGGCGCCGAAACUUCCGGCGAUGCUACAAACGAGUUGGCAACACUGAUCCGCGACACUCUCCAAAACAUCCACAUCUUCCGCCCACAAACCUCUACCUCACUACUCUCAACCCUAAAAUCUCUGGACACCUACCUCCUUGAUCAUCCCAAAACCAGCUCUUCUAGGCAUUUACACGGCAUAUUCCUCGACAGCGCAAGCGCAUUCUACUGGUCCGAUCGCCUGCGCGACGAAAUCGCUCGAACAACCGAAAUCGGUCGUCCAGCCGCUGAAAUCCAACAAAGGCGCGAGCAACGAACAUCUUUUUAUAUGAGUGUUUUGUAUCAUGACAUUGCAGCUGAGCUGAGACGGUUGCAGGGAGUGUUUGAGUGUGGGGUUGUGUAUACGACUUGGGGGAUUACGCCUCGCUCUUCUUCUUCUUCUUCCUCCUCCUCCUCGGCUUUAGGGGGAGGAGGGUGGCAUGGGAAUGGUAUAUGGCAAGGGCCGCCGACGUUCAAACCCCAUCUUCCGGCGCCGUGGAACUCCACGUUCCCUGACCUGAGACUCGUUGUUCAAAGAGAUCAUGUGCGUACGUAUCCCGCUACGUCGACGAUAAGUGAAUGGGAGCGUGAUGCGCCGAUUCGACAAUCUGUGGUGCAGAAGGGGAAGUUUUCGGCUUGGGUGGAUACAAGUAACAUGAGUGCUUGGGCUAGUGGUGAGGCUGUAUUGAGUGCGUUGAGGAAAAUGCCGGAUAAUGGUGGGUUUCCUUUCUGGGUCAGAGAGAAUGGCGUGUUUAUGGAUGAUUUGAUGGAUGACGUUAGUUGA